AUGGAAUUUGAUGGAAAUGAUAUUUUUGAUUCUCAAGAUUUUUUAAUUGGAGAAGAACCUGAAACGGAAUUUCAAUUUUCUGAAGAAAAUGACUUACAACCAUUAACUGAUCAAGGGGAAAUCAAUUCCAGUUCAUCAUCUGCUUCGUCAUCGAAUGCUGAGCAUUCCACAGCUGAUAAAAAUAAUGAUGAAUCGGUGCGUUCUAGAAUGGGUGACCUUGCCUCAAACAAGGCGGGGUUACAAGGAAUUGAUAAAGAAAAGGUUAAUCAAGUUAUUUACGAAGCUUCAAAGAACUCAGCGUUCUAUCACAAUGAAGUCAGAAAGGACGAAGCUCUAAAACACAAAACCGAACUGCUAUUAAAAAAAUACGAAGCUCUCAGAAGACAAGAUUUAUCUAGUUUUGAUAAUAAAGUUAAUAAUUUGGUGCAGGCUAUUGAAUGUAAGAGGGACUUAUCUCGCAUAAUAGUGCACAUUGAUAUGGACGCUUAUUAUGCAGCAGUCGAAGAAAGAGAUAAUCCUUCUUUGCGUGGCAAACCAAUGGCUGUUGGAAGUAAUUCUAUGUUGAGCACAUCGAACUACGAAGCCAGACUUGCGAAGCAAAUACGUGAGGUUUUUGCUCGUUAUGAUCCAAAUUAUACUCCAAUGAGCUUGGACGAAGCAUACUUAGAUAUUACAGAAUAUCUUAAAACAACUGAUAUAACACCCGACGAAGUAGUUGAGCAAAUCCGGAAAGAAAUAUAUGAAGAGACAAAAUUGACAGCUAGUGCAGGUAUCGCCGCCAACAUCAUAAGCAAACCUAAUGAGUUAUUGGCUAAACUUCGCGAAUUAGUUGAUCAUCUUGCUGCUGACCUUGCUAAAGAAUACCUCCACUGGUUUUUUAAACAACAAAAUCCUCCAAGACAAUCAACAACUCCUAAAGAAUCUGAACUUGAACCACCAAGAACAUCAAAACCUGAGAAAGAUACGAAUGACCAGGAAAAACAAACUAAAAAACAACGUCUUAACAUUGAACCAUUUGGAACUUCGAAUGCAUCAAACCAUAAUUCCGCUCGAAGAAAUGUAGUCGAACUAUUGGCAGAACGUGAAUCCAUCACAACUUUUUGUACUCCAACUCAGGAAACCAGUGAAAAAUAUAAAUGGUAUCCUGUACCAACUGUUCUUAAGCAAUAUAUUUGCCCUGGUUGUAAUAAACAGUUUCCAAAUAUAAAAAUUUCUCAAAUUAACAAACAUCUGGAUACAUGUUUAAAUGCUGAAGAUAUAAUUGAUAGUGAUUUUGGACAAGAUGUAAUCUAUUCAAGCUAUUUUGUACAAACCGAACAAGAUGAAUUAGACGAACGAAUUGAACAAGACGAACGAAUUGAGCAAGUUGAACAAGAUGAUCGAAUUGAACAAGAUGAUCGAAUUGAACAAGAAGAUCGAAUUGAACAAGACGAACGAAUUGAACCAGAAGAACGAAUUGGAAUAGUUGAAUCUGAAGAUACAAAUAGUGAAAUUUAUGGAUCUGAUAUUCCUGAAAACUCCGAAAACGACCCGGGCCCUCAAAUGAUGAGUAUUGAUUGGAAAUGUCCAAAUGCUAUUACAUCUAAUCAAUUAUCAUCUAAUAAAAUUAAAGAAAUCAAAGAUCUAAAUCAUGAAAUUGAAAAAAUUAAAGAUUUAAAUAAUGAAAUCAAUAGUGAAAUUGAAAAAACAAUUGAAGAUUUAUAUAGUGAUAUUGAAUCUCUCAAUCAGUUUGAAGAAAGUAAUCAGUUUGAAGAAGCAAUUCGUUUGAAGAAAGCAAUCAUGUCGCUUAGGAUUUUGACUUCGUCCCUACCAGCACCAACACGAAAGACAAACCAACGUCUCAAUACGAUG